AUGGCGCCUGGACCUUCAGGCCUGCUGGAUGACAUCACUGAGGGGCAGCAUGUAGAUGAGAAGAAAGAGGGGGCCAAAGAUGGACCCUCUUGGGGCAGCAGAGAUCCUUUUUUAGUUGUUGUGCAGCUGUUUUCAGAGGCAUCACGGAAUGAAAAGCCAGUGACUGAACGGCUCCAAAGCUCGAAGAUGAGGAAAGCACUUCUCUUGACUGUGAAUUUGAUCUUCUUUCUGCACAUAUCACUGGGUAAGUCAUUACUCAUUUCUAGUUUAUAUGAAGUGGUGCAUUUCACUUUAGUCUCCUCCUACAAACUGGUUUGUUACUACACAAACUGGGCUCAGUAUAGACCAGAAGGCGGUAAAUUCUUUCCAGAAAAUGUUGACCCCUGCCUGUGCACCCACCUGAUUUAUGCUUUUGGCAGCUUGGCAAACAAUGAAAUCACCACCUAUGAAUGGAAUGAUGAACCUAUGUACAGGAGAUUCAAUGAUCUGAAAAAUAGAAAUAAUAAUCUGAAAACACUUUUGGCUAUUGGAGGUUGGAAUUUUGGUACCACCAGAUUUACUGGUGUGGUAGCUACGCAGCAAACAAGAACAACAUUCAUCACUUCUGCAAUCACCUUUCUGCGGAACCACAGGUUUGAUGGUUUAGACUUGGACUGGGAGUAUCCCGGCUCUCGAGACAGUCCACCGGAAGACAAAAGCCGUUUCACAGUCCUGGUUAAGGAAUUGCUAGAAGCCUUUAAAUCAGAGGCAGAAUCUACAGGGAAGAACAGACUCUUGCUUACAGCUGCAGUUGCUGCUGGUAAAGAGACCAUCGAUGCUGGAUAUGAAAUAGCUGAGAUUUCAAGAUAUCUAGACUUUAUCUGUGUGAUGACAUAUGAUUUUCAUGGGGCCUGGGAUAACGUCACUGGACACAAUAGCCCUCUGUAUCAUGGCUCUGCUGACCAAGGAAAAUUUAUCUACUUUAAUGUUGACUAUGCUGUAAGAUACUGGAGAGACGGUGGUAUCCCAGCAGAUAAGCUAAUUGUUGGAUUUCCAACAUACGGACGUAGCUUCACCCUUAGCACUUCCCAAACAGGUGUUGGAGCUCCGGUAUCUGGAGCUGGUCAAGCUGGCCAAUUAACCAGGGAGGCUGGAUUCUGGGCCUACUAUGAGAUCUGUACCUUUUUGAAAAUUGCUACCUCAGAAGUGAUUGAAGACCAGAAGGUUCCUUAUGCAUUCAAGGGUAAUCAGUGGGUUGGAUAUGACAAUCAGCAGAGCUUUAUAACCAAAACUCAGUGGCUGAAAGAUAACAGCUUUGGAGGUGCCAUGGUGUGGACUGUAGAUCUGGAUGAUUUCAGUGGAACUAAAUGCAGUCAAGGAGUUUACCCUUUGAUCAGCACAUUGAAGACACUCCUUAGCAUUGAUGAAUGUGAGUCACCACCAGUUUCAACAUCACCACCCACAACCAUUAUUGUCAAUGCCAGUUCAGCAAGCAGCGGUACAACAACUGUUAUAACUAUAGUUAAUGAAUUUUGCCAAGGCAGGGCUGAUGGGCUCUAUAGUGACCCAGCUGAUCUUAGUAAAUAUUACCAGUGUCACUCUGGACGAACCCACCAUAUGAUUUGUGUUGAAAGUUUGGUUUUUGAUGAAAAUUGUAACUGUUGCAAUUGGCCUUAA